AUGCUCGGCCUCGCGUGCGACAAUGCAUCCCCCAACGACGUGAUGACAAACAUUCUGGGUGAGCGUGUCGAGAGCUUCGAGGGGGACCUUGGGCGCGUGCGCUGUUUCGCACACGUCAUCAAUCUCGUUGUGAAAACCCUCCUGCGCCAGUUCGACGUACCGAAAGCGAAGACGACCCUGGACGUUGAUGAAGAGGACGAGGAG